AUGAAGUCAUCGGACCGCGAGGCCGUCGGGAGAGAAAAGCAGCGCCAGGUCGAGCAGAGAGCUGCCGCGCGGCAGGCGAGACGAGACGCAGCCGCCGCGGAAAAGCUGAAAGCCCAACAAGAGCACAAGCAGAAAAAGCUGGACGACGCCCGUCGGCGGGACGAGGCAAGACUGCAGAAAGAAGAAGAGAAGAGAGCAAGGCAGAGGCUUCGAGAAGAGCUUCUCGCCGAGAAGAACCGCCAGGCAGAGGAGCGGCGGCGCGCAGCGCGCCAAGCCAGAGAAGAGAGGCGCAGGCUCCGUCUCGAGCGCGACGAGGAGACGCAGAGGAAGAGGGAGGAAAAGGCGAAAGCUCGCCCCGAGUUCUACUAUGGAAGCUGCCGGCCGUGA